AUGAGAUUAUCAAGGCCAGCCUGGUCUACAUAGUUCCAGGCUAGCCAGGGCUACACAGUAAGAGCUUGUCUCAAGAAAAAAAAAAAAAAAAAAGGUGACAGUAUCCAUAUUAUACAUUAGGAAUCUACACACACCCCUGGGAAUUUCCAUACCUGGAGCUAUUUUUCUGGAAUUAGAGGAAAGGGGAAUCCCUCCACUUGCUAAUUCCCACAGAAGAGUAGCAGCCCUGUGCUCAGCCCCACCCCCUGUACCCUCAGGUGGCCCCAAAUCCUCUCUGAAAGGGUUCAGUUCAAGUAUCAUCGUAGCAGCCUCUAAGACUUAGGAUAGGUAGAGCAUGUGGAAGGAAGGCUUAGAUUAAAUGUCUUGACCGUGGCAGGACCAAACUGCCCCACACAUAAAUUAGCUGAGCCGUAACUACCAUGGACUGUCCCAUUUGAGGUUAGGUCAACCCCAGACAUGAACUAAGACUCCUCAGAGCUCUUGGAUUAGUCACAGCAUUGAAGAGAAAACUUCACUGAGCUGUACCUGGCAGGGAGUCUGGAGUUUCUGGUUUGGAAGCCUGGGAAGGGAAGGCGUGAGGCAGGGGAGGGGCCUCCAGAUAGUGGGAGGGUUGGUGGCUGGGGCUGAGCCCUAGGCAGCUAUGCGGUGAGAGACACGGUCCAGGACAGGGAGAAUACCGACAGUCUCCUGAAAUCCAUGCAAGGGGACACUGCACUUUGACCACCUCAACUGCUACUCCCUGCAGUUGGCAUUCGGAGGUCUCUACAAAAGAUGGAGGUGCUGCUGGGAGUGAAGAUUGGCUGCCUGCUUGCCCUUCUGGUUCUCACACUGGGCUGUGGCCUUACUCCCGUCUACGUCAAAUGGUUCCAGAUGGAUGCAGCUACAGGUCAUCACCACAGGGUUCUGAGCCUCCUGGGCUGCAGUUCUGCCGGUGUCUUCCUGGGAGCAGGGUUGAUGCAUAUGACUGCUGAAGCCCUGGGGGGAAUUGAAUCAGAAAUUCAGAAAUUCCUGGUACAGAAUAGUACAGACAGUAAGGGGAACUCUUCUCAACAUGCUGCUUCCAGUUACGUGGAGUAUCCCUACGGAGAGCUUGUCAUCUCCCUGGGCUUUUUCUUUGUCUUCCUUUCGGAGUCGCUGGCAUUGCAGUGCUGCCAUGGGGCUGCUGGAGGAUCAACCGUACAGGAGGAGGAAUGGGGAGGGACUCACGCCUUUGAAUUCCACAAACAUCUGCCUGUGCCCUCGCCCUCACGGGGUCCCCUCCGCGCCCUCAUCCUUCUGCUCUCGCUGUCCUUUCACUCUGUGUUCGAAGGUCUGGCAGUGGGACUGCAGACAACAGUGGCAGCUACCGUACAGCUCUGCGUUGCCGUUCUGGCUCAUAAGGGGCUCGUGGUGUUCAGCGUAGGGCUGCGGCUGGUGAAGAUUGGGACUGGGUCUCGAUGGGCCAUGUUCUGCAUACUGUCCUUAGCGCUCAUGUCUCCUGUGGGACUGGCCCUGGGGCUGACUGUGGCUGGAGGGGCCUCGGGGCCAGGGCAGGGAUUAGCUCAGGCUGUAUUAGAGGGCAUAGCAGCUGGCACAUUCUUAUAUGUCACCUUCCUAGAAAUUUUGCCCCGGGAGCUGGCUUGUCCUGAGGCCCCUCUGGCCAAAUUUGGCUGUGUGGCUGCUGGCUUUGCCUUCAUGGCCCUUAUUGCCUUGUGGGCCUGAGAGAGAGAUCCCUCACUGCUCUUUUGAACCUAGGAUGACUUCUCCUGAGGAGACCUUGCUCCUCAGACUUUUUUUCAGUGAGGCCAAACAUUUACUAGGCAUGGACUAACCCAGAUUUUAUAUACAGGAGACCCUGUUCUCGCUCGGGACCUAGAAAAGAUGUUUUGUCUGAGUGUCUGAAUUAACUGGAACAUUGGUAUUAAGACCAUCACUCCAGAUUUGCUACAUGUGUAAUAAAAUUCCCAUUUUACCCUU